AUGUCCGGCAUCGUUUCUGCGCCGUCCUGGGACAAACCAGAGCCGACUCUCACGGGCAUGCCCCUCGAGAUUCUGGAGAAUAUCAUCGGCUUUGCCUUGCCAAUGGAACUCAAAAUCUCAGCAUAUUACGGCAUUACCUCUCGUGAGGAAGACUACUUCUUGGAGCUACUCAAACCACUCAACUGGCGCCAGCUAACCUCUUCCGGGGUCCUCUACGAGAGCUGGAACCCAAUGAGCAUCCUGCUCGUGUCGAAGACCAUCCGCAAGACUGGCCGAAAGAUCCUUUCCCAACGUCACAUCGAGUUCAUGUUCGUCAGGUUGAUGGAAGAACCUGUCCUCGACGACGACGAAUAUUAUCGCAAUUUCUACCCUAUGAAAGCUGGCAUAGUGAAGAAGGUUGAAGAACACGUCAAGCGUAUUAUCACCAAGAAGGAGGACUAG